CACCCCCCGAGGAAACCAUCCCAAGCUAGCUAGCUAGCAGCAGCAAAAUAUACUAUAUCAUCAUCAAUUAAUUAAGCUAGUACAAUUAAGAAGUAGCUAAGUAGUCCAAUACGAUGGGCGGCGGCAAGAAUAAGGUGCAGGUUUGUGCGGUGUUCGUCGUUGCUCUGAAUAUGGUCAUCUCCAUGCAGAUGGGUGCAGUGCAGGCAUGCGAGCCCUACUGCCCCACCCCGACGCCGCCGGUGACGCCGCCUCCGUCGCCGCCGUCGGGUGGAGGGAAUAAGUGCCCGAUCGACGCGCUGAAGCUGGGCGUGUGCGCCAACGUGCUCAACCUGCUCAAGCUCAAGGUGGGGGUGCCGGCGAGCGAGGAGUGCUGCCCGCUGCUGGGGGGGCUCGUCGACCUCGACGCCGCCGUCUGCCUCUGCACCGCCAUCAAGGCCAACGUCCUCGGCAUCAACAUCAACGUCCCCGUCGACCUCGUCCUCCUCCUCAACUACUGCCACAAGACCUGCCCUUCCGACUUCUCCUGCCCACUCAUCUGAUUCUUAAUCUUCAUUACCACCACAACCCUAGCUACCUAAUUAAGGCUUAAGCUUUGCAUGGCUUAGUCUGUGUGUUGCAGUUGUGUCAUACAUAUAUACUUAUCUCGAUCUAUCAGUGUGAUUAUUGAUGAUCAGAUCGAUCAUCUAAUAUAUGUAUCUUGUUAUUUUAAUGCGUACUGUCAAAUAAAAGUUUCCUCCAGUGUACGUACGUUCUAUCUA